AUGGGAAAGAGAAAGAAUAACGUCAAGGAGCAGGAGAAGAGAAAGAAGGCUAAACAGGAAAAGGACAGUCUUCUUUCUACCGGUUUGUUUCAGAACAAUAUUGGUGAAGAAAGAGAAAAUGACUCUAAUGUUCCUAACGAUUGGGAUAAUGAAGAACAGGACUAUGAAUUGAGACCCAGAAAGCUCAAGAAUUCCGGAAAAGUAGUAGAAGGUUUGCCUAUCAAGACAUCAGAAGGUAAAAUCGAAAGGGUUGUGCGUGAAAUAGAGCCCGAAGAAGAACCUGAGCCAGAAUCAGAGCCAGAGCCUGAACAAGAAGUUCCAGAAGAGGACGAACAGCAAAAGGAAGAAGAGGAUGAAGAUGCCCAUCUCACACCCACAGAACGUUUGAACAAGAUCAAAGAAGAAGUAGCAGAUUUGGCUUCUAAGCUAAUCGAAGAUCCAGAAGAAAACAUUUCUUGUCUUACUCGUUUGAGAAAGAUGUCAGAAUCGCACAAUAUUGUCACAUCACAGUUGGCAAUCAUGGCACUUAUCCCCGUAUUCAAGUCCUUGGCUCCAUCUUAUAUGAUAAGGCCGUUGACCGAUGCCGAAAAGAGAGAAAAAGUCAGCAGGGAAGUAGCUCGCUUGAGAGCCUAUGAACAGUCGUUGGUUUCCAACUAUACUUACUAUAUCGACAACUUGGGCAAAAUGGCUCGAGUUUCGUACCUGAACUCUGCUAACAACCUGAAGAUCACUCCAGACCAGCUCAAAAAGGGGGCCUUGGCCACAAAGGCGGCCUGUGAAUUGUGUUUGUCGUCAUUGCGUCACUUCAAUUACAGAAAUGAAGUAUUUUCUAUUGUUAUCAGGAGGUUGAACAAGAGACCUGGUAAUCCAGAGGAUCUUGAGAUCUUCACGAAGUCGCUCAGAGUGUUGGAGACUUUGUUGAAAGAGGAUGAAGAAAAUGGGGAUAUCACGCACGAAGUGAUCAAGUUGAUGUGCAAGUCCAUCAGAGACAAGAAGUUCAGAGUGGACGAAUCUGUGAUUAACGUCUUUCUUUCCUUGUCUUUAUUGGAAGACUACGACCCCAAUCACAAUAGGGAUGAUAUGCCUCAGAAGAAGUUGAAGAAGAAGGACAGAGUUCAUUUGUCGAAGAAAGAAAGAAAAGCCAGAAAGGAAAGGAAGGAAAUAGAUGAAGAAAUGAGGAGAGCUGAACAAGCCAUAACAGUUGAACAGCGUGAAAAGUACCAAGCGGAAGUGUUGAAAAUGCUCUUGAUGUUGUAUUUGGAGAUUUUGAAGGCUGGAAGUCAUACUUUAGAAUCUGGAAGAAACGAUGCUACCUUAUUGAUGGCCUCAGUCUUAGAAGGAUUGGCCCGUUUCGGCCAAAUGGCUAACUUUGACUUGUUAGGUGACUUCUUGGAAGUGUUGAGAGAAAUAAUGGGUGAUAUCAUAGAUGAACACAAUCUCGGUAACUUUGAUGCCAACAUCGACGAUGAAACCGGAGGAGUGUACGACGGGAAGCAAUUGAGAACCGUGUUGUUGUGUAUCGCCACUUCUUUUUCCUUGAUGUUAAACCAUGGCUCAACCGGUAGAUUGCCUAUGACCAUCGACUUGUCCAAGUUUGUGUCGUCUUUAUAUCUCAUUUUGGCCGAUUUAUCCGUAGAUACUGAUUUAGAAUUCAGUCACAAGACGCUCAGAUUGGCCGAUCCAUUGUCGAUGGAACAGGUAGCAGAAAAACCUGCUGUCAAUGUCUCCACCAAGGCUGAGUUGCUCUUGCGUUGUCUUGACUUCAUUUUCUUCCGUUCAAAGAAUGGAUCAGUAGCGAGGGCUGCUUCUUUUACUAAGAGACUUUAUCUCACAGCACUCCAGACUCCAGAAAAGACAUCACUCGCCACAUUGAAGUUUAUUGGAAAGUUAGUCAGCAGAUACGAUGAAAGCAUGAAGGGAUUGUGGAACACAGAAGAGAGAAUCAGUGGAGAGGGAAGCUACGUUCUCGGAAUAGAAAGAGAUGAUCGUGAAAUUGAGCUUGAAAGAAGUAAUAGUGGAGCUGCCACUUUGUGGGAAAAUGUCUUGCUUGACAAGCACUACUGUCCUUUGGUCAGAGAUGGGUCGAGAACAUUGAUGAACAGCAGCAAAGUCUCCAACAACAACAGAUAGCAUAAAUAGCAUACUAAUAGACACGUUAGAAGACU